CAAGAACAUUUCAUUAUAAGUAAGACGGCGGCAGCGGUGAGAGGACUGCAACCACUGCUGCUCAAGAACUGUAUGGAUUGAAGACGAGAGACCUCGGACCUGUGAAAGUGAAAGUGCGCAGGCUGUGGCGCAGCUGAAAGUCAACAGAAUGGCCUCUAAAGCACCCCAACCUGAAGAGGACUGCAUAUGCCCCAUUUGCUGUGAAUUAUUUACGGAUCCUGUUGUCCUGCUGUGCGGCCACAGCUUUUGUACGUAUUGUGUCACGGAGUGGUGGAAACAGAGCAGAAUCCAGACAUGCCCGGUCUGUAAGGAUAUAUUUCCAAUGCCUCGGCCACCUCGAAAUCUGGCGCUGAGAAACUUGUCUGACGCCUUCAGACGAGAGAAGAUUCAGGCAGCGUCUGAGUCUAAAGCACUUUGCAGCCUUCAUGGAGAGAAGCUCAAACUCUUCUGCCAGGACGAUCAACAGCCCAUCUGUUUGAUUUGUAGAGAUGCAAAAGAACAUAAGAAACACAACUGUGUCCCUGUCAAUGAAGCUGCAGAGGAAUCCAGGGGUCAACUCAAGGUUGGGCUGAUGCAUUUGAAGACUAGUCUGGGGACAUCUGAGCGUGCAAAAGCCCGCUGUGAAGGAAUGGCCAGCCACAUUGAGCUCCAGGCUCAGCAGACUGAACAGAGCAUCAAAGCUCAGUUUCAAAAGGUUUACCAGUUGCUGCAUGAAGAUGAAGCAAGAAGAAUCAAUGCACUGAGGAAAGAGGCAAAGUUGAAACGUGAAGCGAUGAAAGCCAGGAUUGAGAAGUGGAACGCAGAGAUCUUGUCACUCAGAGAAAAAGUCCAAACCAUCGAGAAACAGAUUAACACUGAGGACAUAUUGCUUGUGCAGAACAUUAAAUCCACCAAGCAGCGUUUGCAGCACAAACCACCAGAUGAUGAGAAUCUGUCAGGAGCCCUAAUCGACCAGGCCAAACACCUCGGGAACCUGCAGUUCUCAAUCUGGAAAAAUAUACCAAAAAAUAUCGAAUGCACCCCUGUGAUUCUGGACCCCAACACCGCCAGCUGCGAUUUGAAUGUGUCCACCGACCUGACUUCUGUAACAAAAAGCGACAAGUAUCAGCCAUUCCCAGACAAUCCUGAAAGACUGGGGUCGACAGAUAUUCUCGGCUACAAGGGCUUCAGUUCUGGAAAACACAGCUGGGACGUAGAGGUGAGCGGUUACUGGGCGGUGGGUGUGACAGUUAAAACCACUCAGAAAGAAUAUGAAAGGAUCUGGGGAAUCUACAUGUGUGUAUGCACCGGUGUCCUGCGUGAGCUAAAAGAUCUUAACUAUGUUGAUGAAGUUUCUGUGGACAAGUACCCAAAGAAGAUCAGAGUGGUGUUUGAUUACAACCAAGGCCUGCUCUCAUUCUUUGACCUUGAUCGAAGAACACAUGUCCACACCGUCAAGGACAAUUUCACUGAGACACUUUUUCCAUAUUUUCGUGAUAAUGUGAGAAUUCUGAAGUGUCAGAUGAAGUCAUAACAACCAAGAGAAACAGUCUGUAAAACUGCACGCUGAAAGGUGAAAGGCUGGUGCUUGAUUAAAUCAUGUAAAUGUUCUUUACUGAUUUCUCACUAACCUGUUCAUUAGUCAUUUUUGCUAAAAGAAGCAAACUAAGCUUAUCUGAGUAAACCGUAAUUGCAAUUGUCAAGUGAAAAGGUAAAUCCUUUAAGAAGCAAAAGAUCUUGGAGCACUGGUCCGUUACUUGACUGUUUCACUCAAAUAUUUACAACUAACCUCAACAAAAUUCUUAAAGUUGAACCAGUCAAAGAUGGUUCAUUUAUUGGUUACUUACUUUUUCUCAUGUAAACACCUCGCUCAUGAAUAUAAUUCUGAAUGACUUAAUUCAGAAUAAACCAGUUCCGAAUUACAAUGGUACAAUGGCUUCCUCGUAUGGUCCACAAACGUGUCAAAUAAAUUGCCUCUCGAUGUGUUUGGUUGUUUGUCCUGAUGUGAUGGAUGGAGAAUGGUCCAGGGUGGACCCUGACCUGUCUGUGGUGGAGCCUGUCUUCAACUGGCUCAGGACAGACACCGCCCUCGCCCAUAAGUAGCUGGGAUUGGCUCUGGUGAUUCUUAACAGGCUAAAUGGUUCAGAAAGUGGAUGAAUUAAAAAAAAAAAAAAAAACAUUUAGGAGUAUUUAGGAGAACCCAUUUAGCUCUACAUGAGAUCACUUACAAUGAAUGCAAAUUAAUUUAUGAUUAAAUUAAAUUGUGAGUUUUAUAAUGCAUACAUUUGUGUUUAUUUGUGUUUCAACUUGGUAAAUACAGUUUUAUUGUGUUCUUGUGUUCUAAUGUGAAAUGACUUUUUGUUUUAACUCUCAGGAGUAUUGUAAUAGAAUCCACUUGGUGAACUCAAUUUUCUGAAUUGAAACAAACAUAUUCUUCAAUUGGAGUUAACUUGAAUUUUCAAGGCAGCAGGUGAACUUUCAUUUGCAAGUGGAGCCAACUUGAAAUAUGUCAGUAAAUCACUUGUACUUUCCCUGUUUUCUGUCUUUUUUGUCUUGAUGACAUAUAUGAUAAAUGAUUUUCUGAUUUUAUUGUGUUUCUUUAGUUCAGUAUAACCCCUGUGUGAUAAAGGAAAUGGUCAAAGUUA